AGAGAGGAAUAAAAGAGGAGAGGGGAGAAGGAGGAGAAUAGAAAGGAAAGGAGAUAAGAAGAGAGAGACAGAUGAUGACAAGAUAAGGAGGGGAGAGGAGAGAGUGAAAAAGAAAAAGAGAAGAGAGACAGAGAGAGAGGAGAAGAGAAACCGAAGACGUGAGGAAAGAAGAACCGGGGAACAAGCAGAGAGGAGAGAAGAAAAAGAGAGAGAGAGAGAAGAGAAAAGAGAGACGCGAGAAGAGAGAGAAAAGAGAGAGAGAACAGAGAGAAGAGAGAGAACAGAGAGAACAGAGAGAGAGAGUAGAGAAGAGAGAAACGUGAGAAGAGAGUAGAGAAGAGAAGAGAGAGUGAGAGAAGAGAUUGAGAGAAGCGAGAAGAGAGAAGCGAGAGAGAACAGAGAGAAGAGAGAGGAAAAACGCGAGGCCAUCAGCGCGAUUGAUGCCCCUCCCCGCCUACUAGAGCCCGGCCCCCCCUAGAGAGAGAGCAGCAGCAGCAGCAGCGGUGGUCCGAGGGCCGAGGGCCGCCAUGGACCGGGACCUGAGCGAGGGCACGAUGCAGACGGUGGCCCUCGACAACGCAGAGGCCGCCGCGGGCCACCUCGGGCCCUCGUCCAACGGCUCCGAGGGGCCUGGGGUGGGACCGGGGGGGCCAGGGGGGGCUGGUAUUCUUCCCUAUGCCCCCCUGCCCAACGCUGCCCCUCCCCCCUCCUCCUCCUCACCUCCUGGGGGCCUCGGGGGGGGAGGGCGGGUGCGGCCUACCUCCCUACCCCAGUACCCACACGGAGGGGGGGGAGGAGGGGGAGGGGGUGGAGGGGGGGGCGUGGCGUACGGGGGGGGUCCUGCUGCUUCCGCCGCCGCCGCCACGACGUCGCCUUCCGCUCAGAGCCCAGAAAUCCCGAGUCAGUGGGACUGUUACCUCUCCCCCUUCGCAGCUCACAUGUCGCCCGUGCCCCUAGCCACCCCGACGACCCCAGGCAGCGAGAACGGCGCGGUCGUGCGCUCCUCGUCCGCCAGCAAGAUGGAGUCGCUCAAGACCUGGUCGAUCUCCACCUACAAGUGCACCAAGCAGCUUAUUUCGGAGAAGCUUGGGAAGUCUUCGCGGACUGUUGAUACGGAGCUGGAGGGCCAGAUCGAGUCCCUGCGCGACACGCAGCGCAAGUACUCGCACAUCCUCCGCCUGGCCAGGGCCCUCUCGUCCCACUUCUACCACGUGGUGCAGACGCAGCAGCAGCUCGGGGACGCUUUCGCCGACCUCGCGCAGAAGUCCCCCGAACUCCAGGAGGAGUUCAUCUACAACGCCGAGACGCAGCGGACGCUCACCAAGAACGGCGAGACGCUCCUUGGGGCCCUGAACUUCUUCGUGUCGUCGGUCAACACGCUGUGCCACAAGACCAUGGAGGACACGCUGCUCACCGUCAAGGCCUUCGAGGCGGCAAGAAUCGAAUACGACGCGUACCGGAGCGACCUGGAGAUGCUCUCCCAGCAGCCCCGCUCGGAGAUCAGCUCCAUCAAACUCGAGGAGGCCCAGCGCAACUUCAGCAGCCACAAGGCCCACUACGACAGACUCCGCGCCGACGUCUCCAUUAAGCUGAAGUUCCUGGACGAGAAUAAGGAAAUGACACUGGCACCCUUGGCACUGCUAGUGAUGACACUGGCACCCUUGGCACUAGCAGCUAAGGCCCUGGAGGUUCCGAGAGCCGUGGCGCAGGAGACAUCCCCAUGGCAGAGAGGCCCCUCGGGAGACAUCGAGAGGCGUAGAUGCCCCAGAGUCGUACGAAGGGAGCCUUGCGUUCCUGUCUCCCUGGCAUCUUGGGCUUUCCUCUUCUCCAACACGUUGAGACACAGGUCCUUGUUGGCGGAAACACAGUCUUUGUUUUCUGACCCCGAAGACAGCAUGACGGUCCGAAUGACAAAGAAAUCUCGCCGUGUCGUCGCGUUCCUCGUGUGGCUGCCUUUCCCGUACCUGCUCGAAUUCUGCCGUCGCCUGUACCCGACGCGAAAACUGGCACUGUUCCCGCACCUUGCUCUUCUUGUCCUCCAGCUGACACCUCGUGGCCAACUGUGUCCGAACGCGAGGCUCUUUGUUGCCUUCGUUAGCAGUUGCGUCGUACGUAACACACAACCAGUGGCCUUGUUGUCAGAGCAUGCUAUGGGGUCCAGUGUCUUGGUAUCUAUUGCACUCCUUCGGACAUCCGGGAGGGACAAGACUCCAGCACGAGGAAAGCCUGGUGACGCAGGAGGGCUGAGCUCAGGUCAAGGAUAUAGAGCUCGGGUCAAGAUACAGAGCACGGGUCAGGAUACAGAGCACGGGUCAAGAUACAGUGCACGGGUCAGGAUACAGAGCACGGGUCAGGAUGUAGAGCACGGGUCAGGAUGUAGAGCACGGGUCGAGAUACAGAGCAUGGGUCAGGAUACAGAGCACGGGUCAGGAUACAGAGCACGGGUCAGGAUGCAGAGCACGGGUCAGGAUGGAGAGCACGGGUCACGAUACAGAGCACGGGUCAGGAUGCAGAGCACGGGUCAGGAUGCAGAGCACGGGUCAGGAUGCAGAGCACGGGUCAGGAUGCAGAGCACGGGUCAGGAUGCAGAGCACGGGUCAGGAUGCAGAGCACGGGUCAGGAUGCAGAGCACGGGUCAGGAUGCAGAGCACGGGUCAGGAUGCAGAGCACGGGUCAGGAUGCAGAGCACGGGUCAGGAUGCAGAGCACGGGUCAGGAUGCAGAGCACGGGUCAGGAUGCAGAGCACGGGUCAGGAUGCAGAGCACGGGUCCGGAUGCAGAGCACGGGUCAGGAUGCAGAGCACGGGUCAGGAUGCAGAGCACGGGUCAGGAUACAGAGCACGGGUCAGGAUACAGAGCACGGGUCAGGAUACAGAGCACGGGUCAGGAUACAGAGCACGGGUCAAGGAUACAGAGCACGGGUCAAGGAUACAGAGCACGGGUCAGGAUACAGAGCACGGGUCAGGAUACAGAGCUUGGGUCAAGAUACAGAGCACGGGUCAAGAGAGUCGGUGA